UUUUUUGACGUCUCGUUGACACCGUGCGAAUUGGAAGCAAAAAUGGUGAACGUACCCAAACAACGCAGGACAUACUGCAAAAAAUGCAAAUGCCACAAGACCCACAAGGUGUCGCAGUACAAAAAGUCGAAGGAAAGAAGAGUUUCACAAGGUAGGAGACGUUACGACCGCAAACAACAAGGUUAUGGUGGUCAGUCCAAGCCUAUCUUCAAAAAGAAGGCAAAAACCACUAAGAAAAUUGUGCUCCGUCUAGAAUGUGCUGACUGCAAAGUGCGCUCACAGGUGGCACUCAAGCGCUGCAAACACUUUGAGCUGGGUGGAGACAAGAAGAGGAAGGGACAGAUGAUCCAGUUCUAACCUGGCUAAUAAAUAAGUCUUAACCAUUUGAGAGUUUAAUUUAUUUA